GUUGAUAAAGAAAUUUAAAAUCGAAAAUUUUCAAAAUAUUUUGUUUUUGUUUCUGAUCUUCUGCUCUCAAUUAGGUUUUUAUUUCUCACGAUUCUGUUUCGAAUUGGAUCCGAGUUCGAAAUGGCUAAAGCUUCAACCGAUCAAAUCCCAAACGCCGGCAGAUGGUGACCGACCAAAUCUAUCUCGUACUUUCAAGUACUUACUAGCUACACACAGUUCUUGUCAAGAGGAAUUCCAUUCAUAUUCAAUUCAUGGAUCGUCAGGCACCUCACUGAGGAGGACUAUGCGGUAUUGCCUGCAAUAUCUUUACGCAGUUCAGUUCCAUCUGUUUGUCACAUUUGUCUUUCUUAGUCGUGAGGAGUUUCGUUGAGCUUGCAUGCGUGCAGAUCUUAAAUGGCUGGGCAUGCAUCUUGGAGCUAUUGGCAGAACCAUUAUUUAUCCUUUCUCAAACCAUGCUUCUUCUCAAACUGCGUUUAAUGGUUGAAACUGCAGCUACAUUUUCACGAUGUGUAACAAUGUACAUUCUCAUUGCACAUCACACGGACAUGGAGAAAGGAAUUGUCUUUGCACUAUCACAAACUGCACAUGGAGCAAGCUUGUUCAUUGGCUACUGGUCUUAUUUUCUACUCCAAAAUGCACUUAAAAUUUCUGAUAUUUUUCCUUUCAGUUUUGCAGACAAGGAAACGUCAUGGAUUAUGAUAAGCAGCUUUUGGACAUGUGUGUGCUGUUUACUUUUCAAUCCUUCCACAAGCUAAUCCUGCAAGGAGAAAAGAUGGUCCUUGCGUGGUUUGAUAUGCCAUAUAACCAAGCUGUAUAUGAACUUGUUGAUAAAUUAGGGAGCUUAGUGGUUAGAUUGGUGAUUAAUCCAUUUGAAGAAAGUUCAUGUGCCACUUUUGCCAGUCUCAACACAAAUACAAUAACUUGGGAAAUUGCCUCUUAGAGGCCCUGAAGCUUGUUUUGCUAAUUGGGCUUAUAUUUUUGGCUAUGGCCCAAGUUACUCAUAUUCUCUAAUCUGAUUAUUGUAUGGUAAAAAAUGGAGUGAUGGAGAAGCUUCAGUUGUCCUGUGUUAUUAUUGUCUUUAUAUCAUGGUUUUGGCUAUGAAUGCAGGAACUUCAGAAGCAUUUCUACAUGUAGUGGCUACAGAGAACCAACUCAAAUGCUCAAAUGAUUCUUUGCUUAUAUUUUCAUUGAUAUACAUAGUGCUGAAUGUCAUAUUGAUAUGAUCAGCUGGUGCAGUUGGUUUGAUUCUUGCAAAUUCUUUGAGUAUCCUUAUGGCGUUAUAGUUAUUUUGCAUGACCAUCACCAUAUGAUUUAUUCCUCUUUGUCCUUCUUUGUCCCAAGGUCCUUUUAACAUUUGUUUGAGCAUUAGAUUUAGCACCAUCCUUCUAAGUGGUGAUUAUAAUUGGAUUGGUGCAAUUGCAUUGUUAUCAGUUCCCGCAAAUGGUCACUUUCUAUUAGACAGCAAUUAUUUUAGAUUGAAGCAAAUGCCUCUGUUUCCUUGACUAGCAAAUCGAUAUGAUUUUGAGAAUUAUUUAUUCUGCAGUAUUCAUCAAGCAUUAUUUCUAGGAUCCUUCCUCGUUUUCUUUUCGCAGAUGCUUGCCUUCAGGUUGGACCAUUCUGUUGUGUUCAGGUGCAGCUACUCUUAUUUCUGAGAAACUAUUUCUGGACCAUGAAUGUUUCUGGCAAAUGUUUCCAAUCCAUUUUCUGAUUGGGUUCACUUUCUUCUGCUUGUCAUCCUUUGUCAUCUAUUGCCAUGAGAGGCCUUUUACCAACAAAAUCAUCCAUUUCCAUGAUCGCAUGGACUGAGGAGCCAAGGCUUGUCACAACUGCAAGAACUGCUUUUGAAGACAUAAACAGACAAGGAGAGGCGACAGAGCAUGAAACUGCAUCAUAUAUAUACCGAUAUGACCCCUAAAGAACUUUGUAUUUUUUCUGACUGUCCUCUAAACCUUAGUGAAUAGAUUUGGAUUUUAGGGGAAGGUGAGUGGUACUCAUAUAGGACAAUGGAGGUUUACAGUUUUCAGGGCCAGAGAAUUAUAGGGCUCAUCCUGCUGUAGAUAAUGCCUGUUGGAAUCUGUUGUUCUUGAAUAGUUUUAGGCCAUUACUUUUCUGACAUUUUUUGUUCAUGUAACUGAGUCCUGAAAUUCAUUGAAAUUCUGUCCAAAAGGAAAAUAACUUAAAAAUGGGUUG